AUGCCACAGACCUCGCUCUUAAGCUUUCUAGGCAGCUCAACUACUGGCACUCCUAGCUCCUUACCUGCGUUGAAGCCGAGGAAUGUACCACCUUCGAGGCAUCAGGACGAGAUCAGAACAAAGGGCGUCUUGCUUGAAAGGACCACGACGCAACAGCUGGCCCCAGAGACACCCACAGUUGGGGCAUUGACAACCUCGAACAAUGAAGCUGGCGGAAAGCGUUCCGUAAAUGGCAACGAAGAGGAGAAAAGACGGCAAUCCUCAGAGACUACCGGGACGAUCACAAACCAGCUUCCAUCUCCAGCCUCCGAAACAGCUUUCUCCCUGCCACACUGCCCCUCGAUAACCAUAAAAUCCAUCCACCCAGACCACCUACCUGCCCUCAAACGUCUUACCUCUACCUUGCUCCCCAUCAAAUACCCAGACACCUUCUACAACGACGCCAUCUCCGACCCUACCGCCGCGCCAAUCUCCCGCGUCGCCCUCUACACCCCUCCCAGCUCCCCUUCCACCUUCCCAACACCCAUUGGCUGGAUCCGCUGCUCGCUCGAACCCUACCCCAAACCCACCCUCCCCCAACAGAACACCAGUCCAAUCUACUGCCAGAUCUACAUCAAAGCCCUGUGCCUGCUGGCGCCUUAUCGACACAUAGGUGUCGCCGCAGCACUGCUAGAGAAUAUAUUACGGGACAAAGAGGUCUUGAGACAGUGUAACGUGCAAUUCAUAUUCGCGCAUGUGUGGGAGAGUAACGAGGAGGCGUUGGAGUGGUAUGAGAAGAGGGGAUUUGCGAGGGACGUGUUGGUACAGGGGUAUUACAGGAAGCUAAGGCCUGGCGGGGCCUGGCUUGUCAGGAAGGAGGUGUGA